UAAAGAUUGUGGCAAAGCUUUUGGUCAAUUAUCAGACCUUAUUUACCAUAGAAGAACUCACACUGGAGAGAAACCCUACAAAUGUAAAGAAUGUGUCAAAGCUUUUGGUGAAAAAUCAAACCUUAUUUGCCACAGAAAAACUCACACUGGAGAGAAGCCCUACAAAUGUACAGAAUGUUGCAAAGCUUUUGGUCACAAAUCACACCUAAUUUGCCAUAGGAGAACUCACACUGGAGAGAAUCCCUACAAGUGUAAAGAUUGUGGCCAACCUUUUGGUCGAAAAUCAGACCUUAUUUACCACAGUAGAACUCACAUUGGAGAGAAGCACUACAAAUGUACAGAAGGUGGCAGAGCUUUUGGUGACACAUCAAACCUUAUUCGCCACAGGAGAAAUCACACUGGAGAGAUGCCCUACAAAUGUAAAAAAUGUGGCAAAGCUUUUGGUCAAAAAAUAGACCUUGACCACAGCAGAACUCACUGGAGAGAAACCCUACAAAUGUAAGGAAUGUGGCAAAGCUUUUACUCAAAAAACAGGCUUUAUUUGCCACAGAAGAACUCACACUAGAGAGAAGCCUUACAAAUGUAAAGAAUGUGGCAAAGCGUUCAGUCAAAAAUCACACCUUAUUUGCCAUAACAGAACUCACACUGGAGAGAAGCCUCACAAAUGCAAAGUAUGUGACAAAGUUUUUACUCAAGUAUUACACCUUAUUUGCCACAGAAGAAUUUACACUGGAGAGAAACCUUACAAAUAUAAGGAAUGUGGCAAAGCUUUUAGCAAUAAAACAGGCCUUAUUCACCAUAACAGAACUCACACUGGAGAAUAGCCCUACAAAAGUGAAUAAUGUGGAAAAGUUUUAAUAAAAAAUAAAACUGUAUUCACCACAGCAGAAGACAUCCUGGUGAAUGUGAAAUGUGAAUAAAGUAAUAAUACUUUUAAAGAAAGACUAAACCUUGGGGCUGGGGUUGUAGUUCCAUGGUAGAGUGCUAGUGUAAAGAAUCAGAUGUAACUGCGUUACUAUUACUGUCCUUGAUGGAGUCUGCCUGCAAACAGGAUAUUCUGUCAAGGUAUAGAUAGGUAACAGCGGACAUGCUUGAAAACGAGGUGUCUACUGUCCUUGGGAGGGCCUACUUGCAAACGAGAGACUCCUUCAAGGUUUAGAUAAGGUUUAAUCUUGUUCAGCGAACAACACAAGCUUGCACGGCUCUGGCCUUUAAUCUUCAUAGGAAAUCUGAAUUCCUUGUGGCAUUGGCUGAUUAUUCUGUUAAAUGCUUUGAUAUAGUCACCAAGGAGCUAGUUAGCUGGAUGAGAGGACAUGAAUCAUCAGUAUUUUCAAUCUCUGUGCAUGCAUCAGGGAGAUAUGCCAUCACCACUUCUUCUGAUACAGCACAACUGUGGGACUUGGAUACCUUUCAGAGAAAAAGAAAACUGAAUAUUCGCCAGUCAGUGGGCAUACAGAAGGUUUUCUUUCUUCCUUUAAGUAAUACCAUCCUCAGCUGUUUUAAAGAUAAUUCCAUCUUUGCCUGGGAAUGUGAUACUCUUUUUUGCAAAUAUCAAUUGCCCGCUCCACCUGAAAGCUCAAGUAUUAUAUAUAAAGUGUUUGCUGUGACCAGAGAUGGUCGAAUCCUGGCUGCUGGAGGCAAAUCAAAUCACCUUCAUUUGUGGUGCUUGGAAGCUACACAGCUCUUCAGAAUUAUCCAAAUGCCAACUAAAGUUAGAGCCAUUCGCCAUCUGGAAUUUCUUCCUGAUAGUUUUGAUGCUGGUUCUAAUCAGGUUCUUGGAGUGCUAAGUCAAGAUGGUAUUAUGAGAUUUAUCAAUGUACAGACUUGUAAACUUCUCUUUGAAAUUGGAAGCCUUGAUGAAGGAAUUAGCACAUCAGUAAUUAGCCCACAUGGACGAUACAUUGCAUCUAUUAUGGAAAAUGGAAGUCUGAAUAUAUAUUCAGUUCAGGCUUUAACACAAGAAAUAAAUAAGCCACCACCUCCUUUAGUGAAAGUAAUCGAAGAUUUGCCCAAGAAUAAACUGAAUGCCAGUGAUGUUAAGAUGAUGGUUCCUUCAGGAAGAAUACAGCGGCCAACAAAAUCCAGAGAUAGCAAAAUUCAGACUAGAAUAUUAAAACAAGACCUCACUGGUACUUUUGAAAAUAAAGAGAAUGAAUUGUCAGAUGGAUUAAACAAAAAACGUUUACAAAUCUUAUUAAAAGGCUAUGGUGAAUAUCCAACAAAAUACAGAAUGUUCAUUUGGCGUGCUCUACUACAACUGCCGGAAAAUCAUACAGCAUUUAGUAGCCUAAUAGAUAAAGGUAUUCAUGAGGCAUUUAUCAACCUUCAGAAGCAAUACCCCAUCAAAAGUAGGAAACUACUCAGAGUAUUACAGAGAACCCUGUCUGCUUUAGCUCAUUGGUCUGCCAUCUUUAGCGACACACCCUAUCUUCCACUUUUGGCAUUUCCGUUUGUGAAAUUAUUCCAGAACAACCAGCUUAUCUGUUUUGAAGUCGUUGCUACUCUCAUAAUCAAUUGGUGUCAACACUGGUUUGAAUACUUUCCUAAUCCUCCUAUCAAUAUUCUUAGUAUAAUAGAAAACAUUUUAGCAUUUCAUGACAAGGAACUGCUGCAGCACUUCAUAGCUCAUGAUAUAACAUCUCAGCUGUAUGCUUGGCCUCUUCUUGAAACUGUGUUCUCAGAAGUACUGACAAGAGAGGAAUGGCUCAAAUUAUUUGACAACGUCUUUUCCAACCAUCCCUCCUUUCUGCUGAUGACUGUGGUAGCCUACAGCAUAUGUUCUAGAGCUCCUUUGCUCAAUUGUACUCUUAAGGAUGAUUUUGAGUAUUUUUUUCACCAUCGGAAUAACCUGGAUAUAAAUGUUGUGAUUAGAGAAGUUUAUCAUCUCAUGGAGACCACGCCUGCUCACAUUCACCCAGACAAUGUGCUGGAUGUUUUUGUUGCACUGACAAAAGGACAAUAUCCAAUAUUUAAUCAAUAUCCGAAGUUUAUUGUGGACUAUCAGACACAGGAACGAGAACGAAUAAGGAAAGAUGAAUUGGAUUACUUGAGAGAGAGGCAGGCAGUUGAAGAUAUGCAUGCUGAAGUGGACCAGCAAAGAAUCAAAGAUGAAGCAUGGUACCAGAAACAAGAGCUGCUCCGUAAAGCUGAAGAAACAAGAAGAGAAAUGCUCUUGCAAGAGGAGGAAAAGAUGAUGCAGCAAAGACAGAGAUUAGCUGCUGUGAAAAGAGAGCUGAAGAUAAAGGAAUUAUACUUACAAGAUGCUGCUAGAAGGCGUUUUCUGAAGCUUCAGCAAGAUCAACGUGAAAUGGAACUACAAAGACUGGAUGAUGAAAUUGAGAGAAAGGUACAAAUGAGAGAUCAAGAAAUUGCUACCACAACCAAAGACCUAGAAAUGAGGCAGCUGGAACUUGAAUCACAAAAAAGACUUUAUGAGAAGAAUCUUACUAGAAAUCAAGAAGCUAUUGCAAAAGAAAUUAAGGAAGAUGCUGAUGCCUAUAGGCGAAAAGUGGAUCUUGAAGAACACAUGUUUCAUAAGCUAAUAGAAACUGGUCAGACUCAGAGCAGAAAGACCCAGAAGAUAAUUGAAGAAAAUUUGGCAAAAGCUGAACAAGCAUGCUUAAAUACUGACUGGCAGAUUCAAAAUUUACAUAGACAAAAAUGUAAUGAUCUACAACGAAAUGAAGGAUACCGAGAAGUAGCCAACCUCCUUCGGAAGAACAGAAGGAAAGAAUCAGAGGUAUUAAAUGCAAUGAUGGAGGAGGAAGCUAAGAAGUGGAAGGAAGCUGAAGAAAAAGGGUUUCAUUUGAGAUCAGAAAAGAAAGCUUCUGCCCUUUCGGAUGAAUCCAGAAAGUGGUUUUUACAGCAGGAGAUGAGUGCUGCCUUAGAACAUGCUGAAAAUCCAUGUAAUAAAGCAGAAGUGCUCCAGUUGCAAAAUGAACGGGUUACGUUGAGCAGUUUGCCUAGAACCUCAGAAUUAAAUGACAUUUCUGAUAUGGAUUCCUCAACACAGAUUUCUUUAAAUAGGAAAACAAGAGAAUGGGACAGCAUGGAGCAGAAUCUUAUCAAGAAAGUAAGAAAUCUCCGCCAGAGGCUCACCGAGCAAGCUCGUGAGAGAUGUCGGACCCCUCACCUUUUAGCUACGUAGAGACAUGUCUCCUCAAGAUAGUCAGAGGGAGAUACCUAUUUGCAAUCAAUGACACUGAUUUUUAUAUUGUUUAUUUUAAAUUCCUAUGGAGACCAUCCUUCUGUAUAGAAAGAAUGUGUUCAUAAAAAUUAUGUUUUCUAUUUAAUUCUAAUACUUUUUGACUUAUAAAUGACUUCUUGAACUUUUCACAGUAAAAGGUUUUUGGAAACUCUUAAA